AUGACCACUCCAUCCAACAACGACAACAACAACAACACCUCCUCAACACCCAACAUGGCCGCCACUCCCGCGCGCACCUCCACCCUCCUCACCAACCUCUCCGCCGUAACAUCGCGCAUCGCCACCGCAACAUCCCACUCCCCGACCCCAACCAAAUCCGUCCGUCUCGUCGCCGUCUCCAAGCUCAAGCCCGCCUCCGACGUCCUCGCCCUCCACCACUCCCCCGCCGCCCACUCCCACUUCGGCGAGAACUACCUGCAAGAACUGCUCGAGAAAUCCCGCCUCCUCCCCCCCCCACCAUCAACUGGCACUUCAUCGGCGGCCUCCAGUCCAACAAAUGCGUCACGCUUGCCCGCGACCGUCGACACCGCAAAGAAAGCAACCCUGCUCGAUAAGGGCCGCGGCGAGCGCAAACCCGACGCCGAAGAAGUCGAGGCCAAAGCCGCGGCGUCCAAGGAGUCGGGUGUCGAGGAGGGACGGCUGCGCGUCUACGUGCAGGUGAAUACCUCGGGCGAGGAGAACAAGGCCGGCGUGGAACCUGCCGAGGCUCCGGCGCUGGCGAAGCAUAUCCGGGAGAAGUGUCCCCGGCUCAAGCUGCAGGGGGUGAUGACAAUUGGUGCGAUUGCGAGAUCGCGGGCGACGACGCCGGAGACGGAGAAUGAGGAUUUUGUGUGUUUGCGCGAGACGAGGGAUCGGAUCGUGUCGGAGCUGGGCUUGACCGGGUCGGAUGCUGAGUUGGAGCUCAGUAUGGGGAUGAGCUCGGACUUUGAGGGCGCGAUUGCUUUGGGGAGUGAUCAGGUUCGCGUGGGGACGACUAUCUUUGGAGAUAGGCCGCCCAAGUCUGAGGCCAAGGUGGUUUGA